AUGGAUUCAUCUGCUACCUCGGAGGUGGAGUCGGUCAUGUCCACCAACCGGCGUCUUGACACGAGCGCCCCCUCCUCACCUCCCCGGGACGAUAGCGUUGAGCCCAUCGAUGCCGAGUUCAAGAGCAUUAUGGAAGAGGAGGCCAAAGCUCGUGCUGCCAAUGAGAAGAAGACCAAGGCGGCCAAAAAGGCACAGAACGCCAAGAACCGCCGCAAGAAGAAGAAUGAGCUGAGCAAAGAAGAGCGGCAGAGGAGGGCCAGAGAGUUGGAAGGCUUGUUAGCAAGAUCUGCGGCUUUCAGUGACAUGCUCGUUACGAAAACUCAGGCCUUGGGUCGAGUCGGAACCAGUCUGGAGGGUGAAACUCUUGGAGACCACAAACUGGCCAUGGCAUCUCAGCCCAAGCUCAUGACCGGCGGCGAGAUGCGUGACUAUCAGCUGGAGGGUCUCACCUGGAUGGCAGAGAUCUGCAUCCAAGGCUUGUCCGGCAUCCUCGCGGAUGAAAUGGGUCUCGGCAAAACCGUACAAACAAUCUCCCUUAUUGCUCAUACCAGAGAGCAAAACUACUUGGGCCCUCACCUGAUUGUUGCACCCCUCAGUACUCUAUCCAACUGGAUGGACGAAUUCGAAAAGUGGUGUCCUGAAAUCCCCGUUGUGCUGUUCCAUGGCGAUGCCAAACAGCGGGCCAAGAUCAAGAGGGAACAACUCGACCCGAACAUUAAGAAUGGAAUGCCCACGAAGAAGUUCCCGGUGGUCUGCACCUCAUAUGAGAUGGUUCUCAGAGAAAGAGCUACCUUGGCAAAGUUCCAGUGGGCCUUCAUUAUUAUUGACGAGGGCCAUCGUAUGAAGAACUUCGAAUCCAAGCUGUUCCAGGAGCUUGAGAACUUCACCUCUGCGACCCGGCUGCUCAUCACGGGCACACCGCUUCAAAACAACCUCCGCGAGCUUUGGGCUCUCCUUCAUUUCCUCAUGCCCGGCAUCUUCAAAGACUGGGAGGCUUUCGAAGAGUGGUUCAAUUUCGAUGAUUUGCAGGAUGAGGAGGGCACCGAGGAGUUUAUCGCAGACCGCGAGAACCAAGAGUUGAUCAAAAAGAUCCACGUCAUCCUCCAGCCUCUUCUUCUCCGUCGAGUCAAGGCGGAUGUCGCCGCCCACCUCCCCAAGAAGCGCGAGUACAUCCUCUUCGCCCCGAUGACCAAGGAACAAACAGACAUCUACAACGCCAUCAAUGACAAGAACGUUGACACUCGCGCAUACCUGGAGAACAAGGUCGUUGAGCGGCUUACUUCGACCAUCGGUGCCCCUACCAAGACGGAAGUGGCUGCGGUUAAGGAGAUGGACAUCCCAAUUCGAAGCCGGGUCACUCGUGGGAGGCGCCGUUAUGUCGAUUCCGAUCCUGAUGACGAGGACAAGCUUUCCGACGACGAGUUCGAAGCAAAAUUGGCGAGGGAGGCCGAGGACGACGACAAGGAGGAUGACACAAUCGUCAUGUCUGCUGAAGAACAGCACCGAGUCAAGAUUCUCGAGCAAGCUAAGAAGGAAAUGAGCGCCAAGAAGCUUGGCAACCCCGACAUGCAACUCCGUCUUGUGUGCAACAGCCCGCACAAUUUCUUCGAUCCCUGGAGCUAUGAGGGCAGUCCUCCGGUCGACGAGAGUAUCGUCACCUCGUCCGGCAAGAUGCUCAUGCUCGACCGGCUCUUGCCAGUCUUGUUCACCAAGGGCCACAAGGUGCUGAUAUUCAGUCAGUUCAAGACUCAGCUCGACAUUCUCCAGGACUAUUGUGAGCUGCGGAAGUGGAAUGCUUGCCGCCUCGAUGGGUCCGUUUCCCAGGAGAGUCGCCGUGAUCAGAUCAAGGAAUUUAAUGAAAACCCCGCCUUCAAGAUUUUCUUGCUCUCUACGCGCGCCGGUGGCCAGGGCAUCAACCUCGCCAGCGCCGAUACCGUCAUUCUCUUUGACAGCGAUUGGAAUCCUCAGCAGGAUCUUCAGGCUCAGGACCGCUGCCACCGCAUUGGCCAGAACCGGCCCGUCAUUGUCUAUCGCCUCGCGACCAAGGGUACUGUCGAGGAGGAGCUACUCCUGAGCGCUGACGCUAAACGUCGCUUGGAAAAGCUGAUCAUCAAGAAGGGCUCGUUCAAAACGAUGGGCCAGAAGGUGAACCUCAAGGAGGACCUUGACAAGGAGACUCUCAAGUCUCUAUUGUUGAAGGAUGGCCAGAUCUUCAAGCAGUCGGGUGAACACGAGAUUCUCAGCGACAAGGAUCUGGAAGUGCUUUGUGACAGGAGCGACGAGGCUUACUCUCAAGCUGCCCAAGGCACUGCUAACGCCGACGGAUACAAGGUUAUCGAGACCACCUCCGGUGGCAUUACUAUCGCCGGCCAGGACGCUGCCUAA